CCGGAAGGGUUUCCCCACUCUGAGCGAAUCGCCUUCAAACGUCCGUCCACUUUGCAGUCCCUUCAACUCGCCCACCGCCGUGCAAAUGGCCAAGGAGCAUGUGGAGCGCGAUUACGCCGUGGUGGGCAGCUGGGAGGAUACGAACAUCACACUGACCGUCUUGGAACGCUAUAUACCACGAUUCUUUCGCGGCGCGAAGCUGAUGUAUGAAAUGCACACUAACAAGAUCACAAAUCGGAAUAAGAACAAGCGUAAGCCCUACAUUGAGCCCGAGGUCAAGGAGAUGAUUAGACGUAAUUUCACACACGAAUACGAGUUCUAUCAUUUCUGCAAGCAGCGUUUGUACAAGCAAUAUUUGGCCCUCAAUCUGCAUGAGUUGCAGAAGCAUGGACUGUUGAAUUAGUUGGGUCUAGCGGGCUGCAGCUGUAUAGUGAAUGAUUAAAUCAAAGCCAGAUAAUUACAUUUAUUAGUAGAAUAAAAACAAAAACAAACUAAAUAUCCGAAUUCUCAUCUUGUGUCUAAUCCUAAAUGUUUCUGUGUGUGUGUGUGUGUGUGUCAGCUGCACCUCCUCUAAUCCUUAUCCCUCUAUCCCCACUGCCCACU